CAGAGCACAGGCUCAUGACAGCUCACACUCAGCCUCCUGACAGUGCACACAAAGCAGCUGGCCUUGCUGUUCAUGCUACUUGUACAUUUAUUUUGAAGAUCGCCCUUUGCCCUGUGCUGUAUCUCAGAUUGCAAAUCCCCCUCUUCUUGCUCUUCAUUCUGUGGUGAUGGAAAAGUAGUCAUCGGCUCUGAAAACUGACCGCCUCCCCCUGUCUUCAGAUCAUUUGCUUUGUGGGAGGAGGGCAGGGAUGGACCUGGGCUUUCCCAUUUCUUGCUAGACAUCCACAUGCGGACCGUUAUCCUGCUGCAGCCUGACAUCUAGACAGGUUUUGCUGCUGCUUUGGAAAUUGCUGCUGCAUCAGAUGUGUUUGGGGUUACUAGCACAUACACUAUGGUGAAAUUUCCCGCAAUCACCCCAUACUGGCCCUUGAUCCGGUUCUUGGUACCCCUGGGAAUAACCAACAUAGCGAUCGACUUCGGAGAACAGGCCUUAAACCGAGGAAUAGCAGCGGUCAAGGAGGAUGCUAUUGAAAUGCUGGCCAGCUACGGACUGGCCUAUUCUCUCAUGAAGUUCUUCACUGGUCCUAUGAGUGACUUCAAGAAUGUAGGUCUCGUGUUUGUAAACAGCAAGCGGGACAGAACGAAGGCAGUAUUGUGCAUGGUUGUAGCAGGCAUUAUAGCUGCCAUCUUUCACUUAUUAAUAGCUUACAGUGAUCUGGGAUAUUAUAUAAUAAACAAGUUGCAUCAUGUGGAUGACUCCGUGGGAAAUAAAACAAGAAAAGCUUUUCUUUACCUGGCAGCGUUCCCAUUUAUGGAUGCCAUGGCAUGGACGCAUGCGGGCAUCCUACUUAAACAUAAAUACAGCUUCCUGGUUGGGUGUGCAUCAAUCUCCGAUGUCAUAGCACAGGUUGUGUUUGUUGCCAUAUUGUUGCACAGUCACUUGGAGUGCCGGGAGCCACUUCUUAUCCCAAUCUUGUCCUUGUACAUCGGUGCCCUUGUUCGCUGCACCACAUUGUGCCUGGGCUACUAUAAGAAUAUACACGACAAGAUCCCUGAGACAAGUGGACCAGAAAUUGGAGGAGAUGCUACAAUAAGAAAGAUGCUGAGUUUUUGGUGGCCUUUAGCUUUAAUAUUAGCUACUCAGCGGAUCAGUAGGCCAAUCGUCAACCUUUUUGUCUCACGUGACCUAGGUGGCAGCGCCGCAGCUACAGAGGCUGUAGCAAUCCUUACAGCUACGUACCCUGUCGGACAUAUGCCGUACGGUUGGCUGACAGAACUGCGAGCUGUGUAUCCUGCUUUUGACAAGACUAAUCCCAGCAAUAAAUUGAUGGCCAGCUCUCCGGUAUCAAAAACGCAUAUCAAGAACUUUACAUUUGUCUGCAUGGCACUGUCCCUAACACUUUGUUUUGUGAUGUUCUGGACGCCUAAUGUAUCAGAGAAGAUUCUAGUUGAUAUCAUUGGGGUAGAUUUUGCCUUUGCAGAGCUGUGUGUGAUCCCUUUGAGACUAUUUUCAUUUUUUCCUGUGCCAGUUACUGUACGAGCACAUCUAACUGGCUGGCUGAUGACACUAAAGAAGACGUUUGUUUUGGCACCCAGCUCUGUCUUAAGAAUUAUCGUUCUCAUCUCUAGUCUUGUCAUCUUGCCUUACCUGGGGGUACAUGGUGCCACAUUGGGAGUAGGGUCACUUCUAGCUGGUUUCGUUGGAGAAUCUACCAUGGUCGCAAUAGCAUCUUGUUAUGUAUAUCGAAAACAGAAAAAGAAGAAAAAAGAGGAUGAAAAUGCAGUGGAAGGUGAAGACUCUGCAAUGACUGACUUGCCUCAGAAUGAGGAGCUAACAGAUAUAGUAGAGAUGAAGGAAGAUGUGGAAUAAGCAAGAAGCUUGGAUGCUCUUUGCAAGAGCAGUCAAAGUGACCCUUCUGGUCUUUUUUUCAUAUCUCUCUUUUUUAUUUUGAAGGGAAACUUGUUUUUACAAGGUUCCAUUUUGUUUUUAGCAUACUGGGUAUGCUUACCGUAUAGAGGGCCUAACAAAAGGUCUUUGCUUUACAGAUAGAAUGAGUUUACCUUCCUGUCCCUUGGACAUGUAAGUGGGAAUUUCCAAGUGGAGAGACUUACCACAUACUCAUUGACUUUCUUUGGACAAAACCCCAUUUGUCAACCAAAGUGCUGCUGUUAAUAACGCUGCCGUCCUCCUCAAGUCCUUGGUUAACAUAGCUUUCCUCCAUUUUUUUUAGAUGCCCAAAUACCUACAUCAUUGUUUUUCCACUAUGGUGAACCGUUCAUUACUGUAAAAGGGAUUUUAUUUUGCAAAAGACAGAUGUAAAUACACAUCAGUUACUGAACAGGGAAAAGUGCUUUUAUACCACACGUAAAUUAUGAAUAUUUUCCAUGAACCAUUUUAAAUUGCAAUGCAGUUUUUCCAUUGGACAUUGCCAUUGCAAUGUUUUCUAAAUGUUUUACAUUUGUUUAAUGUUUUACAGUCAUGUUUUCUUACAUAUAAAUUGUAGAAGAAUUUGUAUUGAUUGUAUGAGAGCAAAGUCUCAAAGGUCUUUAUGGUCACAGGAUUAUUAACCUUCAUUGUCAUCAAUUUAUUGAUGUAUAGGCUUAAGCUAUGCAGCCAUUCAUCUUUCAACUGCAAACACAUUACCUGUUAAUGUCAAGCUAUAAUUUAUUUAUUUUUUUGUAAUCAAAUGAGCAUAACUUUAAUUUUAAAAUAGGCUUUCUGACUUCAAUAAUGGCCACAAUAUUACCAACAAGAAUGUAAUGAGCUUAGGGAUAGGGUAAGAAGUCAGAUACAUUUUGUCAAUUUGUAUAAGCAACUGAUAUGAUUAUCUCUUAUGGAUACAUACAUAACCCUUUUAAGAUGCUUACCUAGUUACACAAUUUUAUAUUUUAAUGCCUCUCUCCACCCAAUGGACUAUUUUUACCAUUAUAUGUUAUACCCAGGCUUGAAAAUUUGAAAAGGACCCAAGAUCCAUAGCUCUUAAAAGUUUUGUUUUGGCUUCUAAAAUUUUGGAUUCCUUUACAUACAUUUCUAUAGAAUAUUAUUUUCUGGCAUCUAAAAAUGUAUAACUGGCUUCUCUGUAUUGUAAGUGGCAAAUAAGUUUUUAAGCAAAUUUGUCAACCCCAUGUUUUACUAUUUAUUAUGUGCCAUAAGCCAUUUCAUCUUCCCUCAUCAUCAAUAAACCUUUGUAUACUGCAUGAAUGUCCCUGUUUAUGGAGACUAUUUAUUUUCUCCAUCUGGCACUCAGGAUCUGAGGUAAAAAUUAUGCUAUAAAAUGUGAUUGAGUAAUUUAAAAUGUUACUUUACUAACAAACUAACACAUACUGCAAAGGCUUCUGGGAAGCAUACUUACAGGUUCUGGUAACCUUGUUUGCUAAUCCUAAACCUAUGGAUUGGGUUAAUAAUAAAAAGUGUGGUAUAAAAACACAUUAUACAUCAGUCUUAUAACGCUCAUCAACUAAAACAUAUUCUUUCAUGUUGAUGUUAGAUGUAAUCCCUAUAGCUCUUGUUCAAUGCAGUUAAGCCUCAUCCUUUCAGGUGUACAGAACUGAAUAGCUUUCUGAACACAGAAGAUAAAUGAAUAUUUUAUUUUAAUAAUAUUUUUUUUCCUCUCGGUACUUGACUAGAAAUAUAAUCAGCAGUAUUUUUGAAUAUUUGUGAAUAUAUUUAAAAUGUGUUUGAGGUUAAGAUUAAAGAAUCUUUAAAAAAAAGUUAUAAAACAGUGUGUUUGAAGGUGUUGCAAGACACAUUUAUUGAAUGCUUGAGAAGUAUAUGAUAGGGUGAGAUUCAUUUUGUGAUAUUAAAGGGAAGAAACAAACUUUUGAAUGGAUAAAACCAACUUCUUGUGUAUUGUAUAUACAUUAAAAGUAUAUACACCCAGUGUGUUACUUUAUCAGUUA